UUCCCACGCUGUAGACACAGAGCAAAGCUGCGGCCAGCCCAGAUCCUUGCCCAUCUGCGGACGGCAAAUCCAGCAAGGCAUCGAAAGCUGACAGGGACGUGCUGCCAUGAUCUCUAAGCUAGUGACGCUCCUCUGUCUCAGGUGAGGUGCGGGGAGUCCAGAGACUGUAAUACCAGCUCAAGAGAAAUGCAAGAUUGAGAGUGGUUCACGAUGGAAGCUGCGAACAGAGGGAUUUAUGGACAUCUGUGGAACCAGGACAGGGCUAUGUGCUGGCCAAGGAAGCACGUGGAUUGGCGAGUCCCUUCCCAAGCCCUCCCUCAGGGCCUGGCCCAGCUCGGUGAUGCCUCGCUGGAGUAAUGUGACACUGCAAUGCCAGACUUCUACCAAGAAAGUCAACUUUGUUCUCAGAAAGGGAAAAGUUCCUUUGGAGUCUGUGCAAUCAUGGAUUUCCACAGAUGGGCUGGCUGAAUUUCAACUCACUGAUCUACAACCCAGCGAUGCUGGAGCGUACACCUGUGACUACUACAGACAGCGGGCUCCGCACACACGUUCAAAGCCCAGUGACAUCCUCCUACUACUGGUGACAGGAAGUUUUCUUAAACCUUCCCUGCAAGCCCACCAAAGGGGUGAGGUGACCGCAGGAGACACCGUGACCCUGAGGUGCCAGAUGCCAGCCAAUGUUUAUGAGACUAUAAUGUUUGCUCUACUGAAGGCGGGAGCAGCAGGGCCCAUUCAGCUCCAGGGUCCGGUAGAGGAGGAGACAGACUUCUCCCUCCAGAAUGUGACAGCUGGUGACACUGGGAACUACAGCUGUGUGUACUUCCAGACCAGUGCUCCUUUCUGGGCCUCCGAGCCCAGCGAUCAUCUGGAGAUCUGGGUGACAGCUCCACCAGGGGCCGAGUCGGAGGACUACACCUUGGGCAACCUCAUCCGACUGGGUCUGGCUGCCGUGAUUGUGGUGAUUUUGGGGGCUCUCGUGGUGGAAGCCUGGUGCGGCCAGAAGGAGUCUCCACGUGGAUCCACAUAAAACAGCUGAGCGCCUCUCUUGUUUGGGCUGGUGUCGCGGCACGGGGCUCUCUCAACCCCAGACUCCACCAUGGGACUUCUUGUGGUUCUCAACAUAGACACAGACGGCAUUUUGGGUGGGAUAGUUCUUCAUCACAGGGGACUGUCCUGUUCAUUGUGGGAACACUUAGCACCACUUCAUGUUUCCAUUGAAGAGCAGUUGAAGCCCCAGCCAUUGUGGAAGAAGAUAGCAA